AUGAGUCACAAAAUCAACAAGAUCGCCAUUGUCGGAGCUGGACCUGUUGGGCUCCUUGCCGCCAUUUUGAUCUCACGAUUAGGCGUUCCUGUCGACCUUCUAGAUGUCGGAGAAGGUGUCGAUUUGCGACCACGAGGCGCGGCCUACGGACCUUCCGCCGUCAGAGGUCUCCGACGCGCAGGAGUUCUUGAUCAAAUUCGAGCAAAAGGCAUUGAGCUCUGCUGGAGAAAGGUCAGCGGCGAAUGGAUCACGGGCUUAAAGGAUUGCUUUGAUGAGACUUACACUGAUCGGUUUGCAAUACUGCCGGUGGACAAGCUAUCCAUGCUUCUCUACGAAGAUUUGAAGAAGUAUCCCACGGCCAAAGUAUUUUGGGAGCACAAUUUUACAGGACUCACACAAGACGCGGAGCAAGUCAUCAUAUCAACCGAACACAACGGUCAAACAAAGACCUUCACGGCAGACUUCCUCGUUGGAUGUAACGGUGGGCAGAGCGGUGUCAGGAGAGCCUUAUUCGGCCGCAGAUUCCCUGGCCACACAUGGGAGCAUCAAAUUGUGGCAACAAAUGUACGUGUCGAGACCGCCAUGAUGGAAAAUUACGGAUGGAGCGAUAUAUCUUGGAUGAUUGACCCAGAAUACUGGUUUGUGGAGGCUAAAAUUGAGGCCGACCCUGGCGUUUGGAGAGUCUCAUAUGGGGAACCAGGCCAUUUGGACGAAAAGGAGCUACGAGCACGCUGCGCUGGGAAACUUGCGAAGAUUCUUCCCGGGGAUCCGCAGCCGGGAGAUUAUGAGCUUGAAAGAUUUAGCCCCUUUAAGCUCCAGCAGCGCUGCGCUGAGAAAAUGACGGUUGGGCGAGUGACCCUUGCUGGAGACGCCGCUCAUAUAUACAACCCGAUGGGCGGAUAUGGCCUGACCAGUGGAAUAGCAGACAUUGGCAGCCUGGUUGACUGCUUCCAGGGAAUUCACGAAGGGCUCGCCACCAUAAACAUUCUGAACAAAUAUGAUCAAAAACGGCGCGAGAAGUACUACACGAUUGCGGAGGCUGCGCGUAACCCUGUUACAGCAAAAGCAUACUUUCAGGCUCCAGAUGAUCUCUCCGUGGAUAUGACUCAGUGGAUAUGA